GGGGAUCUUCAUGUGCCAUGUUACAUUCUGGUUGGCCGAGCAUGAUCCCCUAGUACCGCUGUCCUGCUACAUCGACACCGUGCGCAAUGCCAACGACGACCACGGAUGGAUGGCUAUUUCCUGGGUCUGCAGGCGUUGGCGGGCGGUUGUGCUGAAUGCACCGGUGCUGUGGACAAAUAUUCACGUAACGGAUCCAAUGGAACCUGUCAAGGCGUAUCUCGAACGCUCCCAGGACAUGCCGCUUUCCAUCCUCGGCAAGCUUCGCUUCAAGAAGGAAGACAAGAUCCAACGCAUCGCCGGCCCCGACACAUAGUCCCUCGUCCUGAAGCAUACACAUCGUAUUGAGUCGAUGUGCAUCGAUUACAGGACGGGCGUAGAUCGCGACCUUCGCCUCAUUACACAGUCGGGACGGUUCGCGUUCCCUCGGCUCAGACGUCUCAGGCUCCAGCCACCCUAUAAUGGCGAAGACAAACG